CUUAUCAGGCCGGUGCGGCUGCCGCGCCUUUUCCUCCCUGCGUGAGUGACGGCGGGUCAGCUGACGCAGCACCGUAACCGACAGCUCUUAGCGGGACCUGCUGGCCGCAACCUGCACCUGAGGCUCCGCAGAGACACGACCAGGGGGGAGUUUGGCUUCACCAUGGCAAGUUGUGUUUGAGAAGCAGCCACGAUGAUUGGAGGACUGUUCAUCUACAACCACAAGGGGGAGGUCCUCAUCUCCCGGGUCUACCGAGAUGACAUAGGACGUAAUGCUGUGGACGCCUUCCGCGUCAAUGUGAUUCACGCCCGGCAGCAGGUCCGAUCCCCGGUGACCAACAUCGCCCGCACCAGCUUCUUCCAUGUCAAGCGUUCCAACAUCUGGUUGGCUGCCGUCACCAAGCAGAAUGUCAACGCUGCCAUGGUGUUCGAGUUCCUCUACAAAAUGUGCGACGUUAUGACGGCCUACUUUGGCAAGAUCAGCGAGGAGAACAUCAAAAACAACUUUGUUCUCAUCUACGAGCUGCUGGAUGAGAUCCUGGACUUUGGCUAUCCCCAGAACUCGGAGACUGGAGCCCUGAAAACCUUCAUCACCCAGCAGGGCAUUAAGGGACAGCACCAGACAAAAGAGGAGCAGUCUCAGAUCACCAGCCAGGUGACGGGGCAGAUCGGCUGGCGUCGUGAAGGCAUCAAGUAUCGACGCAAUGAGCUUUUCCUGGAUGUUCUGGAAAGCGUUAAUCUACUCAUGUCUCCACAAGGCCAGGUUCUGAGUGCCCACGUUUCAGGCCGAGUUGUGAUGAAGAGCUACCUGAGUGGAAUGCCUGAGUGCAAAUUUGGCAUGAAUGACAAGAUUGUCAUCGACAAGCAGGGGAAGGGAGGAGCAUCUGAUGAUGCAGGGAAGAGUGAUUUAGGGGGAGGAAGUGGGAAGCAAUCCAUAGCCAUUGAUGACUGCACUUUCCACCAGUGUGUGCGUCUCAGUAAGUUUGACUCUGAGCGGAGCAUCAGCUUCAUCCCUCCCGAUGGAGAAUAUGAGCUCAUGAGGUAUCGCACCACUAAGGACAUCAUCUUGCCAUUCCGAGUAAUUCCUCUGGUGAGGGAAGUGGGCCGCACUAAACUGGAGGUUAAGGUGGUCAUCAAGUCCAACUUCAAACCCUCUCUGCUGGCUCAGAAGAUUGAGGUGCGAAUCCCAACACCACUCAACACCAGCGGCGUGCAGGUGAUUUGCAUGAAGGGAAAGGCCAAAUACAAGGCCAGCGAGAACGCCAUUGUCUGGAAGAUCAAACGCAUGGCUGGAAUGAAGGAGUCUCAGAUCAGCGCUGAGAUAGAGCUGCUGCCCACCAAUGAUAAGAAGAAAUGGGCCAGGCCUCCCAUUUCUAUGAACUUUGAGGUUCCUUUCGCUCCAUCUGGCCUAAAGGUGCGCUACUUGAAGGUGUUUGAGUCCAAGCUUAACUACAGUGACCACGAUGUCAUCAAAUGGGUGCGGUACAUCGGUCGCUCCGGCAUCUAUGAAACCCGCUGUUGAAGUUCAGCUCCCCGCAGGCAGCAAACUGACCACUUCCCUCCCAUCGAUCCUGUUAAGAAUCUUUUUUUUCUUCUUUCCUCCUAUGUCUUCUUCCCUUUUUUCCUUCCCACUUCUUUCCCACCAAUAUCAUCCCUUCUUAACUAGAUGUUGGAGACUGAAUUUACAUCGUUUAAAAAAAAAAAAAGUAAAUAUGGUGUAAUCCACAGAUAUAUGCAAAAUGUGAACCAUUGUAUCGUAUAUAUCUAGUAGUGAUGAGUAAAAUUGUAAAGCAACUGGUAUCUGAUAGAAAAAGACAAGUUGAAGGGGGCUCAGGGGGAGAAGGCUGGAGGCUUGAACAGGUUAUCUGUUGUUUAUUCAGUGUUAUUGUUCCCCUAUCUUCUCUCCACUUUAGAAAUCCCACAAGUCCGUUAUCACUGGUAAGAUGGUUUAUUGCUGUUGUGAUUUAAAAAUCUUAAUUAACAACUUAUUUCCCAAUCCUCCAAAGGAUUUGAUCUGAUUGGUUUUGGGGGAUAGUCAUUUGGAUCUUGUGUACUUGCCAGUCAACGCAGCGAGAGUGAAAUCAUUCCCAACUUUGUCUGUUUUGGAUAGUUGAGAUAAAAGGAUGUUGUGCAAGCUGUUUUUGUACUUUCAAGUGUAUUGUUUUGUUUUUUUUUUCUGUAUUUUUUUCACUUUUAGUAAAGAAGUCAAAGUUAUAACAACCUGCCUGGUAGGCAGUCUUGAUGUUAAACCAUCAUCCAAAUGAACCACAACUUUUAUAAGCACUAAAAUCGACUCACUACUUUUCAUUCAAAAAUCAGUCCCUGGAGUGUUUGCAGUGAUGCGUGGUCUCCCCCUGGUGUUUGCUUCGCCUCUGUCUACUUCUUGUUUGUAGCCCUGGUGACCGUUCUGUCAAAUAAAAUCUAUGUAACGAA